UUGGUCUACAUCCUCCACAUUUCUAGCCUCUCACCGCUAACGACCAAGGAUCAUUUACAGCAGCUGUUACCCUACAAAUCAAUCACCAGCAUUAAGAUAAUGCAAAGAAAGGGCAGAUCACGGUGCUACGGGUUUAUUGAGCUGAUGAACGGUGACGAAUUUGUAGAAAUUAUUGAGAAAUUUAAUGGAAGGAGGGUUAAUGGAAAGCCGUUGAAGAUUAGGAAAGGGAGGAACAGUCCUUUAAGGAUUGAUUGA